AUGAUUUAUAGAUUUCUGUUCCUUAAAAUAGUAUUAUCUCUACCAAGAAGAAAGAGCUUGAUUUGUUCAAAUUUAGACGAAGUCAGUCUUCCAAGCACGAGUAAAACUGAGACUUCRUCAUCUCAAGACAAGACCACACCCAAAGUUUCCUCUUCCAAGUUAUCUGGUAGCACCACACCCAUCCCUAAGCAAAACUCUACAGAUUCACCUUCAAGAACUGCAGCUGCAACAAAUGCUACAACUAAUACUAAAUCCUCAAGUGGAGGAUCAUCAUCUUCAAAGGGCCAGUCGUCAUCUGGACGUAUAGUAAAGACAUCUAGUGGUAGUACUACUACAGGCAAGACAGAUUCUGCUGGUAGUGAAACAGAUGGGAAAAAGUCAGAUACUGUAAAAGCGAAAAAGGACAAAGACAAAGACAAAAAAGAAGAGAAGGACAAAGAUUCCAAUGAUAAGAGCAAAGAAAAAACUAUAAGAGAAAAGUCCAAAGAAAGAGAAAAAGAAAAAGAACGAAGCAGAAGUAAAGAAAAAGAAAGAGAUAAGACAAAAGAGAAAUCAAAAGAUAAAGACAAGACACAACGUAACAAGCACAACACAUCGAUAGACCUUACAAGGGACAGCGAUUAUGAGAAAGAAUCAAAGCGUCGUAAAAUAGAUGAAUCAUCAUCUCCAUCUGUCCAGGAGAGCACAGCUACUGCACUUAUCCUUGACAGCACUAUAGAUAAGGAACGUGAAGAAAAGAGAUCAAAGAAUAGUGACCAAGAAAAGGAUAAAGAACGAUCUAAAGACAAAUCAGAACGAAAAAGAGCAUCAAUGGAAACCCUUGAUGGUAAAGAAGUUAAACGACGGCGCGAAGAUAACGAUUCUGUACCCGUCAGUAGAUCCUCAAGUGUGGAAUCUAAAACAAAGACCAAAACAGAUGAUAGUACACACAAGGAAAAAUCCAAAUCUUCUGUAAAACUCGUUCGUAAAGUAACAAAUGAAUCACCAGUACUGAAAAAGGAAAAAGAAAAACCAGAAAAGGAAGAAAAAGAAAAACAGUUAUCUAAGAAGAAAGAAGUUCGGCAUGGAGAUUCCAAAGACAAUGAUAUCAAGGAUGAAGAAUCCAAGUCACGUAGACAUCAUCGAUCAUCAUCGCGGAGAACUUGACAGUAAUACUAUUAUUAGGAAUCAGUUAGUCAGAUAGGCAGUACUAAAUACUGUAGUCAGGGCCAGUGAGAAGUGAUCUAUCAUACGCUGACAUCGUGUGAACGGCUAAUGACUUCUUCAAUUUCUUUAAUGUUGGCAUUUUUUGUAACAUAAAAAACUCGUUCAACGCUAAUUUUUAAUCGACAAACUAAGUAUACACUACUUUAAGUAGUCACAGUGAAUGGUCCCAUAGCGGAACCUUGCGGUACUCUAGGACUUAUCCAUAUAUGGCGUAACAAGCAAUGCUUGUAACUGCUUGAAAAGGAACAGAUUUUUAUAAUUUCUUUAUGAUAGAUUGUUUUUAAGAAUAUCGUGUGUCAGAACAUGCUGAGAAGUCAGUUAUUAAUUCCAUGGUGUUCAUAAAUCCAUGCACGCUGCCCAGUGUUUUAUAUUUGUUAUAUGCUUACACGUAAUUGCUGCAAAUAAAAGCUUUGUAAAUUAACAC